AUGUAAAACCUUUCAAUAUAUACAUUUUCUAAUAUAAUCAAGUUCCUUUAAGUUGAGGAAAUAUACUCCAAAUUAACAAUCUCUAAACUACUUAUGUAAAUAUAUAUUUAAUUAAUAUAUAGUUAAUAAUUAUACCAUCCUCACGUCUAAAAGGUUAUACUUUCUAAUUAUUUCCCUUCUAAAAUAGUUUAAUAAAUUGAUCCCUAAAAAUAUAUUUAAUGCAUAAAAUCAUUAAAAGGUUGUAAAAUAAAGGAGAUACCAUUUUGGGGAAUAGAGACAAACGGAGGAUUAUCAAAUAAUAGUUUAAGAUUUUGGAUUGGAAAAACUUUCAUGAAAACUAAUGAGCCUUAGGUAGGUAUAAGUAAAUUGGAAAAUUCUUUCUUAUCAGGAACUUUAGCUUUUAAUCAAAUUGGUUUUAAGAAAGCCUUACUGGAAUAUGCUAAAAACUUCAUAGACUCCAUGGGGUAAGAAAUUACAUAUCAUUUUUUUCCUGAUUGGGAUGACAUUGAGGAUAACCAGGUUGAUAUGUCAAAAAUAAGAAUAUUUGAUAUCUUCAGAAGUUUCUAAAUAUUUUCAUAUUAUUACGAUGAGUAAGAUUGGAAUUGUUUAAAAUAUUUAAGAGAUUAUGCUUAUUUAAAACACGAGUAGAUAGAUUAAAUGUUGGAGAUUGAUCCAUAUAAAUUAAAGGAUGAGGAUCAUUAAAUGUAAAUUUUUAAAUAUAAUUUUUUUAGUAUCCCUUAAGGAAUAUCUUUAGUAUAAGAAAUAUCAAUAAAUAGAAGAACUCAAAUGACCUAAAUAAUAAAAUCAAUCCUUAUAUUUACAAGUAUAUCAUAAUACAUUCCAAAUUAUCCUGAUGAAAUUUAUAAUUGUUAAACUCCAGAAAAAUUAUAUUACUAUAUUUUACAACAUCCUUAAUUUAUCCCUUCAUAAACAAAUAUUAGUUUAUUAAAAAAUAUGAAUCCUAAUAUUGUCUACGAAGAGGAACAUUAAUUAGAUUAUUUGUAUUGUACAUUUUAACCAAUUGAUGAUAAACAACCAUUAAUUUGGGCAUAAUUUGUAAAUCCAAAUUUUGAUGAAAUUAAUUUAAAAUUUGAUAAAUAAACACGACGAUUAGCAAAAUCAAUUCAAGUGAGAAUAUUAGAUGCCUGUUAUUAAGAAAAUGCAUACUUUAAUGGAAUUGGUAUAGCAUAUGUUAGUUGCAAAGGGUUAACAUUGAAUGAAGUAAAUUGGACUAUAAUUAAAGAACUUCCAGAUUGA